AAUGUCACUCAUAACAUCAUCCAUGACUCAGUCCGUGUGGAUGGGCGAGGUGACGGGACCAUUCACGACGUACAACUCACUGAGAAGGCCGCUAUUCAUGGAGACACUGAUUCACCUAAGGUGGCCGAGAUACGCGCAAAGCACGAAAGUAAGUUGCAGGAAGUCAAUGAGCACAAAGAUCGUGUGAGUGUUGUCCAGAAAAGGGUCGAAGUGUUGGACAACUUGGUCGAAGGAGUGAGUUCAUCGAAAAGUCGUAUGCUUAUUUCUAGUAACGAAUGCUNUUAUAUGAACAAUUCGUGGCUCCUAUAUUACACAAAUACGUUUAUUAAUUAUUAUUCUGCAUUUAUGAACUCCAGGGUGGAGACAAUGUUGUCUGCCCACCGAAGGAUUCACGAGAACCCUUUAUUCUUAACGAUGAAACAUUGA